AACUUAAAACAAAUGAUGGGGUGAGUAUAAAUAUUAAGUCAGUGGAAUUUUUUUAAAUCAAAUCAAAAAAAUGUGUUCAAUAGUAAUAAUCUUAGUAGUAAUUGCAGUCCUCGGACAUUUUCAAAGUGUAACUGGGGCUGAAAAUUGUACAAUUCAUGCAAAAGGAAAUUCGAAAUUUCCUGAUAAUUUUAGUUUUGGUGUGGCAACGUCGGCUUAUCAAAUAGAAGGAGCUUGGAAUGCUGAUGGAAAGGGGCCAUCAAUUUGGGAUGAAUAUACACACAAACAUCCAGAUAGAAUUAAGGAUAAAUCAAAUGGUGACAUAGCAGCUGAAUCGUAUCAUCAUUUUGAUUUGGAUUUGAAGGCAUUGAAGGACUUAAAGGUGGAUCACUAUCGCUUUUCCAUCGCAUGGACAAGAAUCUUUCCAAAUGGUUGUGUUUCAUCAAGAAAUCAAAAAGGAAUUGAUUACUACAACAGUGUGAUAAAUAAACUUCUCGAAAAUGGUAUUGAACCAAUGGUUACCAUGUAUCAUUGGGAUUUACCAGCUGAAUUACAAAAAUUCGGUGGUUUUACAAAUUCUUUGAUAGUAGAACAAUUUCUCAUGUAUGCUGAUGAAUUAUUUGAAAGUUUUGGUGAUAGGGUAAAAACUUGGAUAACAUUCAAUGAACCAAAUCAAGUUUGUAAAUUUGGUUAUGGAACUGGAAGUGUUGCUCCAAUGGUUGAAUUGCCUGGAGUAGGUGAUUAUCUUUGUUAUACCAAUUUGUUAAAAGCACAUGGCGCCACCUAUCGUCUAUAUCGUUCGAAAUUCUUUGAAAAGCAACAAGGAAAAAUUGGAAUAACACUUGAUUCUAUUUAUGGUGUUUCAAAAACAAAUAAUAAUGUUGAUGUGGAUCGGGCAAUGCAAUACACUUUGGGACUUCUUGCACACCCAAUUUUUAGUAAAUCAGGUGGAUUUCCUCCACUUUUAGUGAAAGAUGUGCAAAAAAAUAGUUUUGCUGAAGGAAGGAAAAAAUCACGUUUGCCAAAUCUUGAUGAAUAUUGGAAAGCGCUUAUUCGAGGUUCAGCUGAUUUUUUGGGUAUUAAUUACUACACGUCUAAAUAUGUCAAACGAUCCACCGAUUUAAUGGGAGAAAGUCCAUCGAUGGCAAGAGAUUACAAUGUGGAAGAAACUUUUGAUCCCAAGUGGUUAGUGGCAAAAUCAGAAUGGUUACAUUGUUAUCCAGAAGGAUUGGAAGGUCUUUUGAAAUUUAUUCGUGAUGAAUAUGAUAAUGUGGAAGUAAAGAUUACAGAAAAUGGAUGGUCUGAUGAAGGAGAGUUAGUGGAUGAAAAUCGUGUUCUUUACUUCAAGAGCCACAUUCAAGCAGUUUUGAAUGCAAUCCACGAUGGUAGCAAUAUCAGUUCAUAUUCAGCUUGGAGUUUAGUUGAUAAUUUUGAAUGGAAUAAAGGCUAUACUGAAAAAUUUGGACUUUAUUCAGUAAAUAUGAAAAGUCACAAGAAGGAACGUAUACCGAAGAAAUCAGCUCAUUAUUAUAGAAAAGUUAUUGAAACAAGAACAAUUCCAAAUGAAGAUUUUGUUUAAGAAAUUUUUUGAAUAUGAUGAUAUUUAAUUAUUAUAUUAAAAAUAAGAAGAAGAUUGUACCUUAUUACUUUUUAAGUGAUUUUUUUAAAGUAUUUGCGACAAUGUCUGUGAUUUCAAAACAAAAAAAUUCAAGACUUUGAAAUUCCAAUAGAUUAAUUCUUUUUAAGAAAAUUUAUUUACUUUAGAUAUGUUUGUAUUUAAGGAUAUGUAAUGAAAUUGUAAACUAUUGUUAAAAUUUUCAUAUUUGUUAACAUAAUUUUAAGAAUUCAUUUUUGAAAAUAAAAAUUAAUAUUUACUUACGAGAA